UACAAAAUGGCGGACGAAAAGAGUGUUGUUCAAAGUACAUUUCGUUCAGCGUCCUAUAAUGUUGUUUUACAAGUCAGUUUUAGAGUCCUUACAUUUGCUAUGAAUGGGGUUCUUCUUCGUUACACUAGCAGGGACAUGCUUGGCGUGGUAAAUGUCAGACUAAUGCUCUUACAGCAAACAAUCAUUUUCGUUUCACGGGAAGCCUUUCGCAAAGCUUGUCUCAGCAAGUCCAGUGAAAAACAUUGGCCUCAAGUAAUUAACCUGUUGUGGUGUGUCUUUCCCAUCGGUCUUUUAAUGUCAGCUAUUCUUGGAUACCUGUGGAUAUAUCAUCUAGAAAUUCCAGAUCCCGCAUUUGUCGCCAACUACCCACUAGGGGUUAUUGUAUUUGCAGGCACUGGAGCAUUGGAGUUACUUUCAGAACAACUCUGGGUUGUCUCUCAAGUUUUUCUAUUUUUCCGUCUUAAAAUCAUUGUUGAAGGAAUUGCAAACUUCUCACGAUGUUUCAUGACAGUUUUCCUUGUCAUCUGUUUCCCAAAUUUGGGGAUAAUUUCAUUCUGUCUUGCUCAAAUAUCGUUUUCUUUCUUGUCUGUUGUACUCUACUACACUUACUUCUGGUAUCAAAUAAAAACAGGUGCAAGUGAAUCAAUAGAACAAUUCCCACUAAAGACAUUAAGAGACUUCUUUCCUUGUACAAUUUCUAACAAGUCUGUAAUAAGUUGGGGUAUGGCGAAGCUUACAUGGAGCUUCUUCAAACAGUCUAUACUAAAGAAAAUCCUCACUGAAGGAGAGAGAUUUAUUAUGACCAUAUUCAAGGUCCUUACAUUUGCUGAACAAGGUGUUUAUGACGUCAUCAAUAACUUAGGAUCGUUAGUUGCUAGGUGUGUUUUCAUGCCUAUUGAGGAAAGCUAUUAUACUUUCUUUGCUCACAUACUUACUAGGGGUAAAACAGCAAAAGAACAGUCGCAAGAGGCUGCAAGAAUAGCAGCUGAGGUGUUAGAAGUGAUAUUGAGGUUAAUGAUAUUGAUUGGCAUUACAAUACUGAUAUUUGGGUAUUCCUACUCUUAUUUAUUGUUGGAUAUCUAUGGAGGGGCGACACUAAGUAGUGGGGAAGGACCCAACCUUCUUCGUUGGUACUGUGUGUAUGUCUUAAUCAUCGCAAUCAAUGGGAUCACAGAGUGCUUCAUGUUUGCAGCAAUGAGUAGAGAUGAAGUAGAUUCCUAUAAUUACAAAAUGAUGGUGUUUUCUGGCCUCUUUCUAACUGCAUCUUGGUAUCUCACCAUCUUUGGAAGCUCAGGUUUUGUAAUGGCCAACUGUUUGAACAUGUUGCUGAGGAUAUUUCACAGCUGUAGAUUUAUUGCUGAAUACUUCAAAUCUACACCAACACUGAAGCCAUUGAAAGGUCUUGUUCCAUCUCCCUGGGUUCUUGCUACCUAUGCUGUUGCAGGACUAAUUACUUCAUACUCAGAAACAGUAUUUUGCUGUAGCCAUGGCUGGUUUAACCGUAUUAUCCACAUUGUAGCUGGAGCACUUUGUCUUUUAGUUGUUGUUGUUACAGUUUGGAUAAAGGAAAAGGUUCUAGUCAAUUUUAUCUCCAAGCAGUGGCUUGGUGUAAUAAAAGAGAAAGAAAACUAAAUAUGUUGUAAAACAUGUUGUCAUACAAAAUAAAAUUACUCUACCACCUUG